AUGCUACUUGCUCUGCUCGCCGCUGUGCCCCUGUCGCUGGCUAAGGAAGGUGGAUAUUUUGAAUCAUCCUCUUGUGCAGAUCCAAAGGGCUUUGCAAAGUGCUAUGAGCAGGUCGAUGUCGACUAUUUGGAGUGUGUAAACAACAAUUGCGCCGGUAGAAGUCCAUCCUGCUACGAGUCGUGUGGUGCAAGCAUUAGCUGCAUGAAUCAGCAAAGUCCAGGGCUGGGUAUCGAUUGUAUCAAUGCCUGUGAAUUCGAACGUUCUGCUUAUCAGAUCGAUUGCGCGGGUCAGAGUUUCUGGAAUCAGGUCUACUCGAGCGAAUAUCAAACCACCGUCCUCCAGCUCCUCGAUGUCUGCACCGAUCCGAAUCGGGAUGGACUGCCAUUUUGGCCACCAUCGGAUGGUGCCUCGGAUUCCUGCUCCUGCAAUAUAGCCCAAAUCGAGAUGAAGGAACAUCUGAUCAUCAAUCAACUCCACAGGUGUAGAGGCAACAUGACCAAUCUGGAAAAACUCUCCGACACUUCAGCAAUGACAGACUACGCACAAGCUUGUCUCUGUUGUGGAUAUAGUACGAUUAUUUCUGCAAUGUGGGAUACCUGUCCCAGCACCAAGUCCUCGCUACUAGGUGCGGAUGAAUGGUUUGCUGGGCUUCUCAAACCAGAUCACUGGGGGGAAUGUGGACCCUAUCUCGAGGCGUAUAAUCGUGCAGAUGAUUUUGGCGUUGGUCGUGCCGAUGCCAGCGGAAUUAGCAACUUCUACGGUCCCAACAGUAUGCCGAUUAAUGGCACCAAAGCAAUUUCGAAUAGAGAGGGAAUUGUUUCCCAACCGGUCAGUGGAGAUACCUUUACAUGGACCUUCGGGCCCUCUAGCCGCGCUGUGAUACACUCUGUCACGGUGUCCUCGGCAGAUGCCACUGUCGCGGAAACCAAGACUAGUGAUGGAGGCGAUAGUACUACGGCAACUAAAACGAGUGCUACGACUGGCACAGCAAGUGAGGCAAAGCCUGGGUCAGGGAAUUCUUUAGUCGUUCCUCCUGGACAAUCCCUGUCAUGA